AUGUCUCUGAACAACCCACCCCCGCGAUACAGCGCCGAUAGAUCCCCGCCAUCCUACAAUGAUCUCAUAGAACGCUACAAAGCCGCCGUCGGGGACAAUCCCACCCCGGAAAAGUAUCUAGAAGUAGCUGGAACCUUUAACGAUGCGGAAAUCGACAUCCUAGCCGAUAGCACAGGGGAGGGGUUUCCUCCAGUCGACAGCGAGGAGGACCUCGACGCCCUGAAGCACACCAUGGCCCGCCAGCUGCAGAGCGAGCUUCUCAAGACCACGGCGAGGGAUAGCGCCACCAAGGCCACCGAAGCUGCAUUGCGUAUCCGCGCAACCUUUCGAAGAAUCCAUGCGAAGAUCGUCGAGUUGGAUCGGAUUGAGGAGUCUGGGUUUGAGGAAGAGAUGAGGGGUUUCAUUGUGGAAUACGACCGGAUUCUGGGGGUGGUGAGCCGGGUCGCGAUCGAGAUGAAGGGAAUGGGCAGCCACUUUGAUACACUCCUCAUCCCAAGCUGCUACAACGACAAAAUCAGCAAGGAGACCAAAGUCCGAUUGGACACAGCGCGGCACGAGAAAGCCGCGGGGGAAGCACAAAACGAUCUCCGGGACUUGAAGACCAACUUCAACACAUAUGUCGCCAGGUUCGACACCUGGGGAGAGAAGAAAGAAGGGGAACUCCUUGCGGAGAUCCGACAACUGCAGGCAGAUAUCCAAGGCUAUCGGAACGAGAUCCUGCAGACUGAGAAGGAGAUCGAAGAGCUGCAGUUCGUGAUGAGGUUGAUUGGUAGUCUAUCGCUGUUUGGCUUACUCUUCGGUGGGUGGGCUGCCAUCAUCAUCGGGCUUGUGGGCGUGAUCGGUGUUGCGGCCACGGCUAUAGCCAUCUCGGCCAAGCAGGAGAAACUCAUCCGAUUGCAAAACGAAAUUCUUCGCGCUGAGGGCCAGAUCACCGAUAAAGAGAGUCAGAUCAGGAUCAUCCAGGAAGCCAGGUCGAAAUUGACUACCUUUCGGGAUUCGAACUUACAGACAAUCUCCGAGGACGUCCUUCUAGUGGACAGUUUUUGGCAACGAUUGAGGGCGGACAGCUUCGCGCUACUUGACUACGUGGAGGAUGGCACAGCGCUCGAAUAUGUUGAUGAUGUUAUCGAUUAUGGUAUCACAACUUAUCAGGAUUUGGGGGAAUAUUUAGGAGAUUACGGUAGAUCGAUUAGCAUGGUUAUGACGGCGGAGGAGGAGGAGGAGGAGGAGGAGGAGGAGGAGGAGGAGGAGAAAUCGGACUAA